UAACGACUGCAGCGUUGAUAUAAAUAAAUAAUAUCGUUACUUGAACAUGGAAUAAAAUUCCUUUUCACUUGACGCGAUUAUUUGUAGAUCUGGUUGGAUAUAAAUUAGCUAUCGUCACGACGAUCGGGUAAUGCGUAUGCCCUAGUUAUUAUGCAUUUGAAAAGUUACCUUCUGUGCACCUGUCUAACGUUAAAUGAUCCACGCGGUUGUACGCAUCGCGUAAUUCGAAGGUUAAACAUCGCGAAGCUGAACUGUUUAAAAAUAAUAUUUCCUUAUGAAAUAACAGUAAUAGUUUCACGUACCGUACAUUGUUUGCGAAUAGCAUUUUCGCUCUCCUCUUUUUUCACUACAUUCAUAGCGGAUUGCCACUGUGGAAUAACCGUGAAUAGUAUGCAAAUGAGUGAUCGACCAUUAUUUAUAUUAUCAUUAUUAAAUUUAACUAAGAAUCGAAUAAGACGCAAUCGAUAACGAAAUUUGUUCGAUACUGUGGAAUGAGCUGUGGGCUGAUAAUUUUUCAUUUCAAACCUUCUGGAUUUCCAUUUAUUUAACGGGAUAUCGUUAUUCCGAAAAUUUCUACGUCGCUAUCGCGUCGCUUAAAUAGAUCUUUCGAACGACACUGUUUCUCAGUUUUAACAGCCGAACAAAAAAAAUCUAAGAAUUGUUGGUUUGUUUUUGUUCACAAGUAUUUCGGAUGAUUACUUCUAAUCAACACCGCGUCCGAUAUAUAGAUCUCAUUAAUGAUGAGAAAAAUCUGAAUCAUAUCGUAAUUUUAACAUUCUGAGGAUUUUUGUUCGGUCAUUUUUUAUUCCCAAUAAAUUUGCGGAAUUAUUACCCACCGAUUACAAAAUAUCCAAUGUAUGACCUGCAUUACUUGUCACGUAUCUAUUUUAUGUUAGCGUUUAAACGUGUGUUAUAUUGUCAUAAAUUGUCUGUUUUAUUAUACAUACAUGCCUCAAAGAAUCACGUCUUCACCGCCGAAUUGAAAUACUGCAAGUAUACGAGUACUGUACGGACGUUCUUACAUCGGUCUUUCGACAAAAUGGCCGCAGAAUUAAUUCUCGGUCGAAUUUCGAAAUUUUUCAACCGAUUAUGUCAUUAAAACAUUAAUACAUGAAAUACACGGAAUGAAGAGAGAAUUAAAAAAGGGAAGGAGAAGGAAGCGUGAAUAGAAGAGAUUCAUUUGGCGAUGAUAUAGUGCGGGCUGUGGGCACAUAACGCAUUGGCCUAAUGUCUGUAUGGUCGACAAGCACUGCGCGAAACUCAGUGUUUGAAGCGGAGGGUGCACCACCUCCUUGCUCUCAUUUACCGGUUCACACACAUUCGCAUACCCAGCAGUUCAAUAAUAACAGCCAUUGCUUCCACAAACGAGCAUAUAGUUGUCAGACAAAGAUGUCACAAUCGGGAGAUGGACUUCAUACUCCAAGCUACUUAUCCUGGAGGAAGUUACAGUUGAGCAGAGCUAAACUGAAAGCUUCCAGCAAAACUUCAGCUCUGCUUUCCGGCUUUGCUAUGGUAGCCAUGGUUGAAGUGCAGUUGGAUUCAAAAACGGAAGUACCAUCAGCUAUGUUGGUUGCUUUUGCAAUCUGCACAACACUACUUGUGGCCGUCCAUAUGCUGGCUCUUAUGAUAUCUACGUGUAUACUUCCAAACAUCGAAGCUAUUUGUAAUCUUCACAGUAUAAAUCUUGUUAACGAAUCGCCACAUGAGCGCCUUCACUGGUACAUUGAAAUUGCCUGGGCAUUUUCAACUCUGUUAGGGUUAUUACUGUUUUUAUUAGAGAUUGCGAUAUUGUGUUGGGUUAAAUUCUAUGAUAUUUCACAUGUUGCGGCAUGGUCUGCAUGUGUUGUGUUAAUUCCAGUAUUGAUAGUGUUUGUCGCAUUUGCAAUACACUUUUAUAGAAGCCUAGUGGCACAUAAAUAUGAAGUCACAGCUUGCGGAAUCAGAGAGUUGGAACUGCUCAAAGAACAAAUAGAAUCUACUGAUCUUGAGGGCAGAAAUGGGAUGAACUUAUUACAAGGUAAUAUCCAUAUUGUAUAAAAGAAUUUUUAUUGUAGAUAGCCUUCUCACGGAAGACUUGAAAAAGUAUGAAAGUAAAGUACCAACUGAAAGACUUGACUUUAUUCACGCUCAACGCGUAUUAUGUCGUAAUUCGAUGAUAAGAAUUUGAAACUGAGGUCAUUUGAAUGCUACGCCGUUCAUACCACUGAAUUAUUACAAUAUGAAAGUAAUAUAAACAAUAUUCAAAAAGCUAUGAAAUUUUUGUAUAGAAUGCACAUUUCUAACAUUUGGAACAUUAUUUAUUUAUUACUGGAAUUAGGAUUAUUUUCAUCUGUGUUUCAAUGAAAAUCUUGAACUUUGUUUUUUUUCAUCACAUAACAGCGAACAGUAAUAUGCAGCGAGUUUGUGGCAUCAUGCUGUCCCUGUGUUAAUAAUUGUCUACCCUCUCAUUUAUCGUAUCUGAACGCGGUAAAGUAUUUGGAUACACAUACUCAUAUUGAAGCACUGAAUCAUGGCGGCGCCUGAUACGCAAAUAUGAUUUGUAAUUCCUGAAAAUUGAUAUCACAUGCAAUAGGAGAAAAUUGACAUUAUUAUUCCAAGUAUUUGAAACACCUAUGCUAUUGAUACACGUUCUUAUUUAUUUCAUAGAUGUUGAAAAUCAGAAUACUGUUGACAUAAUAGAAUUAAUUACUCAUGACCCAAAUCAAAACUAUGAGUAAUAACGAUUUUUGAAAAACAUUGAAACGCAGCCAUUCGCAUUAUCGUUUUGUAAUUUAAUACGUUAUAUUAUAAUUCAUGAGUACAUUUUUUCGUGAUAUUCUCUUCAUCCAUUGUCAUUCUUUUCUUGGGACUGAUCUAGUCUUCCAAUUUGGACGCUUGUUUGUUUCUUAAAGGUGGAUACAUGCCACAAUAGAAUCUAUAAAAGACUUCAUUCUUAAUGCCACAGUGGGAUAUGUAUUUCUGUGUGGUUAUAUAAUGGGAAAUAAGAGUUCUGGUUUAGUGAUUUUCGAUUUCUUAUUUGCUCAGUUUUAUUCAAUAACAAAAAAAAUGGAUGAUAUACUGAUUUAACCCAAGGUUAUUCGAAGCAAUCAUCUUCCUAUAUACAGUAGUUAUCUGAGCAUAUUAGAACAGAAAUUUACUUGGAUCGUUGUUAAUAUAAUUAAACAUUCCCUAUUGUGCAUAGUUACUUAACUUUUAGUUGUAAGAGCAGUAAGCUCUUUGAGAGUAAAACUCAAAUCGUAUAAUUGUUGAAACGGACCCUCCAAAUCUAUUUUAAAAUUAAAAGUGGAGGAGAGAUCUCUCUUCUUUACAUUUUUUAACUGAUAAACAUUUCUGAAAACUUUUUAUCAGUUAUUGUCAAAUCGGAGUCCAUGACAACAACUGCCUAACUCAGGCUAUAAAAAGAUGUCCUUUUUUUUGUGAAUUCUUAAACUAUUUUUCAAAGAUCUGUGAGUUUUUACAUGCCUAAAUGCAAUCAUAUUUUUAAUUUAUCAUAGUACAUGCGAGCGCAUCUAUAUUUAUAUUCAGUUCUUCGGUCAUGUUCAUCGGUGAUUUUAAUCUUGUUCUUGCAACACGUUAUGUAAAGUAAAAUCGCCACACAUCAUUGGAUUUUUUUCUUAAUUUGAGGGCACAUUAAUUUUUUUUUUCAUGGCAAUGACAGUAGUAGAAGUAUACAUAUAUUUUAUCAAAUGUACACUACUUUUAUUAUUUAUCACUAUAAACUUACUAUUUAGUAAUCAUCGUGAGAUAGAACGUUGAAUGGCUGAAGUUGUGUAUUAUAUUUAUAUGACUAUUAAUGACAGAGUGUUAUGAAUGUGUAAAGUGUAUCAACGCUAAAAUAAAAAUGACAUCUCUAAAUCUAAUCAGAAAAA